AUGUUCUCUGAUAGCCAAGCUGUGUUGAAAGCUCUCAAUCGAGACUGCUUCUCUACCAAGACUGUUUGGGAGUGCCAUAAUGCACUGUUCAAAUCUCAAAGACAGGCCAAGAUUCUGAACCAGCAGCCUCCCUGGCUCAGGUUUAAGGAACUGCUUACCUUGAGUAGAGAUGAGAUCAAGAAGUCUGUUGGUGGAAACUUAAAUAGACAUUUAAGGAUACAUACGAAAGAAAAACCAUAUAGUUGUGAAAUUUGUAAAAUGUCAUUUUCUGAGAGUGGAAAACUAAAAAGGCAUUUGGGGACACAUACUAAAGAAAAGCCAUAUUUUUGUGAAAUUUGUAAAAAGUCAUUUUCUCAGAAUGCAAGUCUAAGGAAGCAUUUGAGGACACACACUAAAGAAAAACCUUAUUCUUGUGAAAUUUGUAACAAGUCAUUUUCUGAGAGUGAAACUUUAAGGAGACAUUUGAGGACACACACUAAAGAGAAACCUUAUUCUUGUGAAAUUUGUAAAAAGUCAUUUUCUGUGAGUGGAUCUUUAAAGAAGCAUUUAAGGACACAUACUAAAGAAAAACCGUAUUCCUGUGAA